CGGCAUUUCCCGAUCGAAAGUUCAGUUCGAAACCCCCCCAUCUCGGAGUUGGAGGUCGGAACAGAACCGAGCGGCCACCGCCAUUCGCGGAGGAGACGGCGGCCGGAGCAGCCGAAGAGAGCCUUGCAGGCGUAGCGUAGCCAGCCGAAUUCGCCAUGCGGAGGAAGCUGCUGCAGUUCCAGUCCCUUCUAGCGCAGCACGCCCUACGCGGGGUCCCAAAACCCAGACCCCAACUCCAAUCCCACCACAACCGCCUCCUCCACUCCCCCUCCGCUCCGUCACCCGCACCCCCCUCCCCGUCGGCUCACCUCCUAUGGAAUCGCCUCUCCGAGGGCACUGAUCUCUCCCUCCUCCCGAGGAGCGCGGCGGCCGUCGCAGCGUCCGCGCGGACCGCCGCUUCCCGGUGGUUGGCCGCCGUCCGCAGCGCCGGCUCCCUCGAUCUCUUCUCGCUGCAGCGGCGACGGAAGGCCCAGGGGUCGGGGUGGCAAUUCGCGUCGUCCACCUUUCUCCAAGGCGCGCCCUGGGCGUACUGGAUGCAGUCCCCCGACGAGGUGGUGUUGACGCUCGUCGGCGUGAAUGUGGCCAUCUUUAUGCUCUGGCGUGUGGCUGAUCCGGGGUUCAUGAGUAGGCAUUUCAUGAUUUCGCUGGACAAUUUCAAAAGCGGACGGUUGCACACCUUGCUCACGAGUGCUUUCAGCCACGCGGAGUCUGAUCACCUGAUUUCCAAUAUGAUUGGCCUCUACUUCUUUGGGACAAGUAUUGCGAGGACGUUUGGUCCGGCUUUUCUGUUGAAGUUGUAUGUAGCUGGAGCACUUACUGGAUCGGCAUUCUUCAUCCUAGAGAAGGCUUUUCUAGCUCCACGGAAACAGGUUUAUGUUGGAUGGGAUACUUCAAAAGCUCCUGCACUUGGUGCAAGUGCUGCAGUCAAUGCAACUAUCCUCCUUCAUAUUUUUCUGAAUCCCAAAGGACUGGUCUAUCUUUACCUCCUAAUUCCUAUUCCAGCUGCAUUGAUGGGGGCUGGUUUGAUUGCUGCUGAUUUGUAUAGGGUCAAGAAGGGGCUUGUUUGUGGGAGGGCCUCCCCUUCCCUGUUUGUCAGUUUUGGUGUGUGAUAAGGCUUCGAGUGCAGGGAUUGUUUGUGAGGUGCUUUUUUUGUGUAGUUGGCCAUACAACAUUAGGCGUGGGAAUGUUCUGAUCUAUUAGAAAAAAAACUAUUCUUCACAUAUAUGUAUAUGAUAUUUAUGUUUGCUGGUCUGUAAGGUUUCCUUUUUGGUGUACAUCUUUUGCACCUUUCUGCUCAACUGGAUUUUGAAAUGAAUACGUAUACCUUUCUUCACUUUGUAUACUUUUGAUUGUCACUAGUGUGAUCUGCUAUGCAAUCAACUUAUGUGUGUCUGGUACAUUUCUUGUAAGCUUACAUAACCUGUAUAUCUCAUUUUUUUAAUAAAAAAGUCAACUUGGGCCAUACUACUUAUUUAUACAGUAAUUGAUUAUCUAACUUCAUGAAUUACAUGUUGGUCACCAUUUUCUGUUCCAAAGUGGGGCUACUGAUCUCAUUCAAUU